CAAAUUCUACUUUCUCUUGCGUCAAGCUAAAGCAUCACUUCGUAUUCACUCCUCAAAUAAAACGCAAAAAUGGACGCUCCUUUGACUCCCGAACUGAAAGCCGAGCUGAAAAGGAUUGCCGAAGCCAUCGUUGCUGAUGGUAAAGGCAUCCUUGCAGCAGAUGAAAGCACCGGGACGAUGGGAAAGCGACUAGCGAACAUUGGAGUGGAGAACACUGAAGAGAACCGUCGCCUUUAUCGGCAACUUCUGUUCACUAGCGGAAAGGAAAUGAGUAAUGCCAUCAGCGGGGUCAUCCUCUUUCACGAGACCGUGUACCAGAAGGCUGACGAUGGAACACCGUUUGUGAGGCUUCUGCGAGACCAAGGCAUUAUCCCCGGUAUCAAGGUCGACAAGGGUGUCGUGGUCCUUGCAGGGACCGACGCCGGAGAAACAACAACCCAAGGCCUGGAUGGACUUGGAGAGCGAUGUGCCCAGUACAAGAAAGACGGCUGCGACUUUGCCAAGUGGCGUUGUGUGCUGAAGAUCACUGACUAUACUCCCUCUGAGCUGGCCAUGAAAGAAAAUGCGAACGUUCUCGCACGAUAUGCGAGUAUCUGUCAACAAAAUGGCCUUGUACCUAUUGUCGAACCCGAAGUCCUUUGCGAUGGCGAUCAUACACUCGAGAGAGCACAAAAAGUCACCGAAGCUGUUCUGUCUGCUACCUACAAGGCCUUGAUGGACCAUCAUAUCUACCUGGAAGGCACUCUUCUUAAGCCAAACAUGGUUACAGCUGGUCAGAGCUGCCCUACUAAGUAUACUCCAGAACAGUGUGCACAAGCCACUGUUACUGCUCUGGCCCGCACCGUCCCCCCUGCCAUGCCUGGCGUGACCUUCCUGUCGGGUGGCCAGUCAGAGGAGCAGGCUACAAUUCACCUGAAUGCCAUUAACCAAUAUCAGGGAAAGAAGCCCUGGAAACUGACCUUCUCUUUUGGGCGAGCUCUCCAAGCCAGUGCGCUCAAGGCAUGGAGCGGCAAGUCUGGUUGUGUGAAGGCCGGCCAGGAAGAGUUCCUGAAACGUGCCAAGGCUAAUGGCCAGGCUGCCAUGGGGAAGUAUGCCGGUGGACAGAGUCUUGCUGGUGACCAGAGCCUGUUUGUAGCCAACCACCAGUACUAGAUAUGCCAUCAAAGGCCAACAAGACUGGUGUUAUAGUCACCAUCCCUUCAGUAGUACAGGCAGCUUUACCAGGCUUUUUUUUUUUUGUUAAGCUAGGCUGGAAACAUGGUUUUGUGAUGUGAGUGAAAUUAUAACUAAAAUAUGAUGUGGAAGUAUCAUUAAAACAUUGGUCCUUGAAAAAUUCCUGUAGGAUUUACAAAAGCUCUAAAAUAAGAAUAUUGGUUCUUAAAAAAUACAGCACAGUAUUUGUUUCAUUUUCUUUGACAAAAGCCUUAUUACAUUUGAUAUGUCAUCUUUAAUAUUUAUCUAUAUCAUUAUUUAAUCUGUUAUAACCUUUUCACCCCUUUGCUAGACCUCUUUGAAAGAGAUGGGUGGGGGGGGGGUGGAGUUUGGCAUCCCUGUCUGUGAAGAGAUCUGUCCCCUUUUUCCAAUGCCCCUGACAAGGCAAAUGUCACUUGAAUGUCAAACCGAACAAGGAAAAACAGCAGAGAAAAAUGACAUACAAGGGAAAGAGAUCUGCAAACACAACUCAAGACACAGUGGAUACCUUCAUUCUGAUCUAUUUUAAUGGACUCAUACACAAUGUCCACUCCUUGAAAUCUUCUGAUGAAACCUUAUUACUGCCAUUGCAGAUUGCAAAGCAUUCUGGGAGAUCCAUGAUAAACAAAGUCUUCACCUCAACCUUCAGGUCAUACAGACCCAGAAUAGCAGUGUAAACAAUUUUGGAAUCAAUUUUGGUUUCAGAAAAGACAGCAUUUAGGAGAGCUGUGGUGAUUCAUCAGAAAAUUAUUUGCUCGUCAAGGCAAAGCCAAACCCCCCUUGGUUGUCUACAAAGCUCAUGAAGAAAGAAUAAACAAUUCUGAGAUCUCAAAA